ACAUCUGUUUUUUGUACGAAUUUAAAAUGCAAAAUUUACCAGUUUCUGUUUACUCUUUGAAUUCGUGAUUAAAUUGGUUUUAUUCUCUCUUGGCGUCGUUUGAAUUUAGUUUGUACUUUUUAAUACAUCAUGGCAUCAAUGACUGAGCAUGUCGUUCCAUUCAAAACCUCUUUUGAUUGGGGAGGUACGUAUGACGAAGGAUUCGAUCCGAAUGAAUUUUUGUUGCCUCAAGAUGAUUUGAAAAUUACAGACGAAGAGAUGAAGGACAUUGACCUGCAGAAUUUAGUUUCAAAACUCGAAGGAGAUGAUUUUUUGAGCAGUUUGCCUGACUUGGAUGAUAACAACUUCCUAGCUUCACUCAAAGAUGAACCGUUGUCCCCUGAUUCAGCCAUCUCUGGUAUCAACUCAAUUGCAAGCUCCCCAAACUCACAGGUACAUGGAAAUUUGUCUCCAGUGCACAGUACCGAAUCACUUACUGAUCAAGAUCAAAUGAUCUUAACCAAUGUAACAAUAGACUAUGAUGAUGAGUGUAUUAUACAAGAAGUUGAUCAUGGUACGAGUUUCCAAGGAAAAACUGUUGUAACAUCACAACCAUCAAUGUUACAAGUCGAGCAACAACAAACUGUAACACAAUUUCAGAGGCCAUAUGUUGCAAAACAACCAAUGCAGAUAAAUGAAACUAGUGCUGCCAUUAUUACGCCUAUGAAAUCUGAAGAGAUAUUGACCAUGGCGUGUGAGAAACCUGAUACUGUUUUGAAGAAAACAGUUAAAAAUGAACUCGUGAAGAAUUGUCAGACACAGUGUAUGGUAGUACAAAGUAAUAAUUCUAAAUCAGAUCAGAAAUCUGCUUCAAUGUCUAAUGCACAGUCGAUGAAACUGCCAUUACCUCGAAACACAAAGAACAAUCCAAUAUUUAUUCAACCAAUAAAUGAAAAUUUAACUUUUCAUACUGUGCUUCCUGUGGCAGCAACUAAACCUCAAAUACAAACUAUAAAUCUUGUUUCCUGUGCGCAAGGAGCAACAAUGAAACCAGUGUUGGUACAAGCUGUAGCAGGUAGUAAUCACAUGACAGGAAUUCCUGUCACACAGGGUUUGCAAACUACUAUUCCACAGACGACCAUAGGACUAAAUCCAGGAGUUGUUAGUAAUAUGGCAUCCACUAUCAUGACUGGCAAUAUCAAGCAAACAAGAAGUGUUGCUUCUGAUGUUAAUAUGAAAGUUUUAAGGAGGCAACAGAGAAUGAUCAAAAACAGAGAAUCCGCUUGUCUUUCAAGAAAAAAGAAAAAAGAGUAUGUACAAAGUUUGGAGGGUAAGCUAAAGGAGACUUUGGCUCUCAAUGCUCAAAUCUCACAUGAAAAUAUAAUUCUCAAGAAAAGAUUGGAAGACUUAGAGAAGGAGAAUAACACGUUAAAGAGUUUGACGGCAUACAAUAUCAACACGGGAAAAAUCGCCAAGUCUACUUGUGUUCUGGUUCUAUUGAUGUUUGUAGCUGUAAACCUCAACAGUUUCGGUGAAUUCAAAAAUUCGAUCAAAGAUAGUCCUGGUCUCAUAGAAAGCUCUAUAAAACUUCAUCAUGGUCGAGCUUUAUUAGAAUAUACGGACAAAUACGACAUAAAGUUGACUGAAGCAUCGACGAAGAAAGACGACACACGUGAAAUGAGCCAUAAAAAAGAGAAAAGUGUUGAAAAGUUGGAAAUCGAAAAUAAAAAAAAGAAAAUGAUUCAGCGUUUAAAAGAAAGAUACAAUGAAAAAGAAAGGGGUGUUGGCGCUUCGAUAUCAAGGAACUUAACCACCCAAGAACCCUCUAUUUGUAAAUCAAACCCACCUGUUAACAAAACUGAAAACAAUAGAUGGAAUGUCUAGUUAUUAGAACUUAUUACAUGAAAUGAUGAGAAUAUCAGAACGUGUUGGAAAAAAGAAUCGUGAUGAAUACAUACGUUCACCAAUCUCUGAACUUGUUACUAAGAUGAGAAAUAACUCAACGAGCAAGACGAAUCUGAGGUCUUUUAUUCUCAAGAAUUCUCCAUCAAAAGAAUUACAAGUUUUGCCAAGAUAUACUGGUUCAUUCCGUUCAUUUCAACAAGCGUUUAACCGACGCGCGGACACAUCUUACAUCGUUUCAUUUAGAAAGGAUCAGCUAAUGUUUCCAGCUAGUCAAAUGAACUCUACACAUCCACCAAAAUUAUCCUUAAUACUACCUGCAUCAAAUGGAGAUGCUAAAUGGCGAGGGAGGAGAAGUUAUAUACCCAUGAUGAAAAUGGAUUGUCAACUUGUUGAUAGUAAAAAAAUAUUUCUUAAAAGAUCAAGCAUUCCAUUCAAUCUUAUGGAUAUGUCAUACUUAUACACACCUUUUGUAAAUAAUGAAAACCCGUAAUAGAAAUAUCGAUUAAAACUCUGACAUAGUGAAUUGAGAAUGUAGAAAAUAAAUCAUGUUCAUUUCAUAUGAACAUGUUUCGCAAUAUUUUCUCUAUCUCUGUUAGGAAAUGUCGAAUAAAAUGAGUGAAACUUAAA